UAAAGAAAACAAGUGCAACCUAUGCAACAGUCUCAUUCGAACACUCGAGAAGAAUGCGAACAUUGCGCAAGUUUAUCACAAUGACCGAACAACAUGAAAAAACAUUCAAAUCCCUAUCAGAAAUGAGAAAGGAAGAAGAAAGGCUACUCAAUGAAAUCGAGAAUAGAAUAAAAUCACGUGAGCGAAAACGAUGUUUGAGAAAUGCAGUAGAAAAUAGAAUUAAAAUAUUACGCGAAUUCAUACGAUCGAUGUCGCCGACCUCGGAAGACGAAGGAACUGACGAAGAGGAUUUGAAUCAUAUAGAAGAUGAAAGUAACAAGAGGGACAUCCGAGUCACCCGACUAAUCAAUGAAUAUUGCAAGGCAAGUAAUAAGAAACACAUCGGUGAUACAUACCGAUACGAAAUAAAAAGCAUUACUGGCGAGCCAUUGUGCCGCGUAACGACAGCGUUUUUAAUACAAAAAUAUCCAACGAAUGAACCAGAAAAAAAACGAGCAUAUCGCAUUGUUAACGACGUAGUUGAAGGCGAAAUUUAUAGAUACGCAUACGAAAUUACCCCCCAAGACGCGAUUCAAUUCCAACAAGAUAUGCGGACGCAAUCAGGAGAAUUAAAAGACUUGCCACUCUAUUCGCAGACACAGAAUCAACCGGUAAAAAUCGAAAUAACAAGUCAACCAUCCACAAAUGAGGUACAAUGACCAAAAUUUCCAUAUGAAGUCAUUUCAACAAAUAUAGAAAAGUCAGAUAAAGAUUAUUCGCUGGCACAGAAAAAAUCGACAAAUAAACGGGCGAUAAAUAUUAAAACAUUAAAACAAAAGUUAGAUGCUUUGUACAGGAAAGGAAGACUAAAAAAGAAGGCAAAACAAUCAAUGCUUCAAGACCAACUAGAUUCAAGCACAUUGACCAUCGUUAAACAAUGUACUCAGAACCUGGAUUCGCCAAGUUCUUCACAAACGAUGAGUUUAUGAUAGUUCUCAUUUGCUCGGACGAUUCAACAUUGGCGAUGUCAGCAGUUGUAUUGGAUAAAAUCCCAGUGUCAGAAAUUCUGCCAGAGUAAAUUUUGAAGGGUAUAUUCUUUAUUUCCGUUGGAGCCAAACAUUCAGAGAGUACCGGAGAAUAAAUAUCAAAAGAAUAAAGAUAAA